CUGAGGGGGCGGUGUUGCCGCUGGCGCCGCCGCAGAAGAAGAACGCUGAGCGCUGAUUGGCUGCAGCCAGGGGCGUGCGACAGCAAACACAGAUGGCGGCGGUGACCAGAGGCUCCUUCAACGCUCUCAGAGUUCUGCUGACCCAGCAGUACCGCCGGCGGUGCUUCCGGCCACAGAACCUCCGGCUCAGCAGAACCCUGCAGCCGGCGGCCUGGCGAUGGGACCGGGCCCUGCAGACGUUCAGCAGCAGGACGCUGCACAGCUCUGCGGCGCGGCGAGGAGCCGUGGUCCAGUUCAAGCUGUCUGACAUCGGAGAGGGAAUCAUGGAGGUGACGGUGAAGGAAUGGUACGUGAAGGAGGGGGACAGAGUGUCUCAGUUCGACAGCAUCUGUGAGGUCCAGAGCGACAAAGCUUCAGUGACCAUCACCAGCCGCUACGACGGCGUCAUCAGGAAGCUCUACUACGACGUGGACGGCACCGCCCUGGUGGGCAAACCGCUGGUGGACAUCGAGACCGAGUCCGGAUCAGAGCUGAGCCACGAGGAGGACGUGGUGGAGACGCCCGCCAUGGCCCGCGAGGAGCACACCCACCAGGAGAUCAAAGGUCACAAGACCCAGGCCACGCCCGCCGUCAGGCGCCUCGCCAUGGAGAACAACAUCAAGCUCAGCGAGGUGGUGGGGACGGGGAAGGAUGGACGCAUCCUGAAGGAGGACAUCCUGAACUUCCUGGCGAAGCAGACGGGCGCCAUCCUACCUCCAACGCCACUCUUCCAGGAGAUCCAGACCCCGGAGCCCGCCGCAGCCGCUCCUGCUGCCAGGCCCGUGAGCACUGCGGCGGGAGUUAAACCCCCACACACAACCCCUAAGCCCAUCUUCACUGGGAAGGAUGUGACGGAGCCACUCAAAGGUUUCCACAAAGCCAUGAUGAAGACUAUGACGGCGGCGCUGAAGAUUCCUCACUUCGGCUACUGUGACGAGGUGGACCUGAGCCGCCUGGUGGUUCUGAGGUCCGAACUAAAGCCCGUUGCCGAGAGACGCGGCGUCAAACUCAGCUACAUGCCCUUCUUCAUCAAGGCGGCCUCCCUCGGCCUCCUUCACUUCCCGAUCCUGAACUCCUCGCUGGACGAAGGCUGCCAGAACAUCACCUACAAGGCGUCUCACAACAUCGGCCUGGCCAUGGACACCAGCCAGGGUCUGCUGGUUCCCAAUGUGAAGAACGUUCAGUCGCUCAGCGUCUUCGAGAUCGCUCAGGAGCUGAACCGCCUGCAGACGCUGGGAGCCGUGGGGCAGCUGGGCCAGGCGGAGCUGAGCGGGGGAACCUUCACCCUCUCCAACAUCGGCUCGAUCGGAGGAACCUACGCCAAACCAGUCAUUCUUCCUCCGGAGGUCGCCAUCGGAGCGCUGGGAAAAAUCCAGGUUCUGCCGCGGUUUGACGGCGGCGGUCAUGUGACCCGAGCUCACAUCAUGAAGGUCAGCUGGUCGGCGGAUCAUCGCAUCAUCGACGGCGCCACCAUGUGCCGCUUCUCCAACCUGUGGAGGGAGUACCUGGAGAACCCGGCCAGCAUGGUGCUGGACCUGAAGUAGACUGAUUAGGACCCGUGUGACCCGGGCAGGACCAACCGGACCUUCCUCACGGUCCCGCCCAUCCUCCGCCUUCACUUCCUGUUUCUGUCCGUAGCUUCCUUGUUGCCUUUGAGCAGGACCCUGGGGGGGGGGGCUCGCCGCCAUCGGUCCGGGCGGGAAGAUGAAGUCCGAAUAUUAACCAGAACCUUCAGCGACCCAGAACCAUCUGCGAGGACAACCAGAACACCUGAGAACCUCCCUCAGGUGUUCUGGAGCUCCUACACCUGAAUCUUCUGGAUCACAGGGUUCUACAGGGUUCUACAGGGUUCUGUGCGAUCUGGACCGGUCCGUUAGGAGCAGCAGAACCUGCCUGAGCGGGUCGAGACCAGGUUCUGAACACAUCAGUCAUAUUUACUGCUUUCAACUACUAGGUUCUCCAGAACAAAGCGGGUCGGAAACGGGCCGCUCCGACGCCUGGUUCUGUCACAUGACCAGCUGGUGUUUCAGGCUCCGCCCCCUCGCUCUGUUACGCUGAAACAGCUGAGGGUCAUGUGACCGCACGGUACCGGCCCGUGAGGACCGGACCCCCCAGAGACUCUGACGUUGGUUUUCCAGAAGCCUGAGGAGGACCCUGAACGCCUCAGAAUCUAGACCAGGACCCAGGUGACCCGAUGUGUCCCAGAACCGUGGCUGGCGCCGCCCUGGUGGCUGCUGGGGGAACCCUCCAGGCUCCUGCUCUGUGUGGUGCUGGCCUCAGAUAAAUGUAACGGUUUCUAUGGUGAAUAAAGCUGAUGUGCCCAGAA